CAAGUGGAAUGCGGAUUAUCCGCGACUGAAAGUCAAGGAGACCGACUGGCAUUUCUGAUAGCAAAGUCUCGUUACGCCUGCUGGUUUAACGAGGUUGCGCAGUAAAAAAUAAAUUAUGUUUUCAGAUCCUUUGCGACGACGUGUAAACUAAAAGCAAAAAUUCAUGCUCGACAAUCACACUUGAUUUACAUAUAGCUAUAGUCCCUGCGGUUAUCCCACGAUGUAGCUUAGUACUGAUAAUACCGAAUAACAAGAACACAAAGAUUCCUAUAUGUCGGGCGUCCUAGCGUGACGUAAUCUCGUUUGAAAUUUAUAAUUUGUUCGCUCGACGAAUCAGCCUCUGAUCGACUAACGGAAGUAAGGCUGGGAUCUUGAGAAAAUCAAAGAACCAAAGGAUGCGCACGUUGAUACUGAGCAGGAUUCGAGUCUCUUUCGGAAAAUUGAUAUUCUUUACUCACUUACCACCCACGGAGAUGGCUUCUCGCCGAGGGACGAGAUUUUCGAUGUAAAUUUUCGGUCUACGCUCCAAAGUUUAUAGAGACAGAGCUCAAAUUUACGAAGUAAUUUCGCCUGGAUAUUAUUACAUUUACCGCGGCCCUUUUCAGUCGAGUGGACAAAUUUCUAAGUGACAGCAAGUGGAUGUUGUUGACAGUUGCGCAAAACUUGAAAGAAAUUGGAAGCCAUAAGAUGUACUUGAAAUUCCCAAGAGAUACUCAUGAAAUUGUUAUAAACACGAUAGAGACGUAAAUAAGAUGGGAAAAGUAUAAAAUCAACACUGAGAUGUUCGAUGAUAUGAAGCCUGCGAAAUAUUAAAAAAAAAAAACUCACCUGGCUAACAACAAGGAAAGACUUAUCGACUGGCGCAGGUUCUUUGUGAAUCCAGAAAAAAAAUUUUGAAUUACGCAAAACGAGAUGUUUUCAAGUACACGCUGUUACGUAUAUUUUUUAAAAUUUCGCGAAAUACCGUAACACUUGAUUGUCGAUUAGAGUCCCUCGGAGCCAUGCUCGUUUCGCGUUGUUUUCUUCACUUAACUCUUUUUAUAAUUGCACAGUGCAAAAUCCCUUAUCUCGACACGGGAAAGAUCGAUACGAACGGACUUCGAAGUUUUAUGAAAAACCUAAUGAAGGAGUCCCGUCUCACCAGUCUGAUCGUCUUUGAUAAAAAUCGUACGAGUAUGGACGAAUUUUAUCGACAAAUGUUUGAGGAUUUUUACGUGCCUAUAAAAAAAAUUCGUACUGAGAAUACCGUUCCGAUUAUUCAAUCCAACGUUUGCGUCUUGCUCCUCGACGGCUUACACGGCAUAGAAAGUACAUUGAAUAAGUACGAAAGUGACUUUUGGAACACUGGCAAUUUUUACGUCUUACGUUACAUCGCCGAGACUGAAUUCUCGCUGGGGGACGAAAUUCUCUAUGUAAGUUUCCAUGCGGCCCUUGAACGUCUGUGGAGGCUAAGAAGAAUUUACAAAGUGGUGAUUUCGAUUGGGGAUAAAUACGUUUACUACGAUCCGUUCGAACCGAGUGAUAAGGCGGUCGUAAAUGAGAUGAGGAGCGACAGGAGCAUGCUUGAGAACGAUUCGAGUGAAUUUGGUGCUUUACGAAUCUCCACUCAGCUUCGUAUCGAUACUUUUGUAUCGCGACGUGACUUCAAUGGCUACAAGCUCGCUGUAUCGACGUUCGAGUACGUCACGAUGACAAAAAUGGAAGAAGGUUAUGGUUAUGUCGGAUCCGACCGGAAGGCCAUGACUGAAAUUUGCAAAAUGAUGAACGUCAGUCCGAUGUGUCAGGACUCAAGCGAAUCAACUUUUAAUACUACAGACGAUACAUUUACCAAUACGCUUCGGCAAUUGAUUCGUCAUACCUCUGACGUUGGAUUUAAUGGCUUCUUUAUCAAAGACUACGACAUAAAUCUCUUUGAAUUCACGGGUUACGUAACGAGCGACAGUGUAUGUGUCGUGGUACCGAAAAGAGGCGCCAUACCAAAUUAUUUGGCGAUCGUGAGAGUUUUUUCGGCUGAAACUUGGUUACUGAUUAUCGUUACUCAUAUAAUUGUAUCUGUUAUAUAUUUGAGGAACAGGAUGAUUUUUGGGGCUGAUAGGGAAAAGGGAUUUUCAGGUGUUUUAAGAAAUACUGGAUACUCGGGUUUGAUAAUGAAAAAAAAUGGUAGGAUAAAUAGAUCGUCAAAGGCCUUUGGAAAUUUUCGAAAGACAUAUGGAAACGAAGUCAUGGGAUUCUUUGACGCUCACCUGGAUGUAAAAGGGACACAUGGUAAUUGCUGCAGGGGAGAUCAAAGGAAUAGGGGCAAAUGGAAUUGGUCGAAAGCAUAUGACAGUCCGGAUAUAAAAAAUCCGAAGAAAUCCUUUGGCAGAGUUUUCUUGAUGCAUCCCAAGGCGCAAUUAAAUGUAGAUCAUCCGACCUCCUUUAUAUGGAAGGUAUUAUUAUCCAGCAUCCAACCCUUGGAGAUGGCCGGUGAUCGUGUCUCUGAGAGAGUUGUACUCGUUUGUAGUUUACUCCUAGGGGUUGUUUUGGGUGGAAGUUUUACCAGUCAGCUUACGUCCAGCUACAGCAAGCCGGCUUUUUACAAGAAUAUCGAGACACUGAAAGAAUUGGAAAAAAGUGGGAUGGAAAUCUUGACAAACUUCAAAAAUCUUCAGACCGACGUUUUUGCCAAUGACGAUACAGCCGUUUUAUCGAAUCUUCAAGCUAAGUUAUACUUAGUAAAUACGACCGAGAUGCAUUACAGAGCAUACGUGAUGGGAAAUGCUGGUGUCUUAGAGCGUAAGAAAUUCCUGCCUUUUUCGAUAUUUGGAAGUUAUCGAAUGCACGUGGUGAACGAAUGUCCAAAAAAAUACAUUCUUGCUUUCGUCGUGACAAAAGGAUCAGUAUUUCUCCCACGUAUCAACGAGAUUAUAGGAAGGAUUCAAAACGGUGGGUUAUAUGGAAAAUGGUUCAAAGACAUGAAACCCGAUAUAGAAGAUAUUUCUACUACCAAACCAGUAGUGAUCCGGGUAAAUCAUCUCUACAUACCAUUUGUAAUUUUACUCCUAGGUCUGAGCUGCAGCACGAUAAUAUUCUUUUGCGAACGCAAAGGAUACGUAUAACCUGAAAUAUUUGCAUCAAGGGAACAAUUGAAUUUGUAUGUUAUUCCUUUCGACGU